CGCGCAGCAGCUCCAUGUGGAAAUGUCUGGAGAACGUGCGAGUACAUGACACAAGUCUGUUGAGGAAUGGAGCUUUGCGCGGACUCUCCAUAAACUCACAGCAGACCUUCAAGAGGUGAAUCCUGUCCAGGACCUGUAGGUGGCGCUCUGUUGGUGGGGGAGGUUAUGAUGUGGGCUCCAGUCGCACUGCGGCGUGUGGUCCUGCUGCGCUCGGCAUACCUGGGUCACACCCGGGCUGUGUGGGAGCUUCCUGUGACCGUCCGGACCUCACGCUGCUUCAGUUGCACUAAUGUCAUCAGGACGAAGGAAGCCCCCAAAACGUCCACAGAGGAAGAAACGCCAUUAAACCCUCCACAAAGUCUAGCUGGGACUGAGGGUCUUUUUAAGGGUGAUACGGAGUCUGGCCUUCAGAGUAAGGGUGAUGUCGACCCUCUGCAGGACAAAUCUAUUGGGCUCUUCCAGAGAUUUAAAAAGACAUUUAAACAGUAUGGUAAAGUCAUGGUGCCUGUGCACGUCGUCACAUCCACAGUGUGGUUUGGGAGCUUCUAUUAUGCUGCAAUGAAAGGGGUGAAUCUGAUCCCGUUUCUGGAGUUCAUCGGUUUACCGGAUUGGAUGGUGGGAAUUUUGAGAGAUUCCCAGGGUGGCCUUGCACUCACAGCAUAUGCCAUGUAUAAGCUCGCUACUCCUGCCCGAUACACUGUUACACUGGGCGGAACGUCCCUGUCUGUGCAGUACCUCCGCAAACACGGAUACCUCUCAACCCCUCCGCCUGUUAAAGGGUACCUGCAGGACAAAAUGGAGGAGACCAGGGAACUACUGACUGAAAAAAUGGAGGAGACGAAAGAGAGGUUUUCAGAGAAGAUGGAGGAAACCAAAGAACUGCUCUCAGAACGAAUGGAGGGGACUAAAGGGCGCAUCUCUGAGACGAAAGACAAAUUUUCGGAGAAACUGCAGGAGACAAAAGACAAAAUGUCUUUCCGCAAGAAAGCCGAGUAGGCUGCUUGGCAUGCCGUGGUCCAAUCAAGCUGCCAAGGGAAGAGAAUAAUUUCUAAAACCUAAGUGUAUUGAGGAAUGUUUCACAAUGUCACAAAGUGUUUGGUGUUUACUUAAAGGUACAGUGCAACAAAAAUGGCUGACUGUCUUCUGCAUAACACAAAAAUGUUUGGGGAAAAAAACUCUUUGAGCCAAUUGAUUUUCAUUGUAUUGACAAAAAAAAAAUGUUUAUAUAGGUUUGGAACAAUAUGAGGGUGAGUAAAUGAUGACAGAAUUUUCAUUUUUUGGUGAACUAUGAAUGUUCGCACUCAAGAACUGUUAUCAUGUCAAAUGGUUUCCAUGCACUUGAAUUUACAAGUUGAGUGCUUUGGAGAGAAACAAACUUGAAUUAGCAGUAUAGUACCGAAUUAAGCCAAAAUCAUAUUAAGAGUGUUUGUGUGUUUCUUUUAGUUGAAUUGUUUUAAUGUAAGACUAUUGAAAAUAUUUCUACUUAAUCAAGUGAUAAAUAAUAUCUAUAUUCAAUGAUUUUCAUUGAUUUAUCAUGUUUGUAUUUGAGUUUUUGUGCAUAUUGCCUACUAUGCACAAAGUAAUUUAGUAAUUUAGACUACGCAAUGUCUUGAUCUAGUGUCUGGAUUGCAUACUGUAAAAAGUCAGUGGGUAAAAAAGACAAUUGAUAACCCACUUUGUUCCUCUUUUUACUUUUAUCAGAAAAAUUACUUGAAUGAAGGGUUUUUUUCACCUCAAACAUGCCAAUGUCCAUUGAGAGAAUAAUAAAAUUGAUAAUAUGAUAACAUGUUCAGGAUAUUAUUUCAAUUAAAAAAACCUAAGUAUCAGACACGUCAGCAACUGGUACUUUUAGUUUAUUAGUUUAACUGCAGUUGGACAACAGCAGAAGUACAAGCAUAAAAGUUUGACUAUAACAGUGAUUAGAGCAACAUGUUUUGAUUACUUAUUCUGAAAAUAAAAGAAGCAUUACAAUAACAGAC